AUCGGCCUCUUGGCUGGACAAAUUUAACGCAGCCUCUAAUUAGCUACAUCUUCCAAGGCGACUGUCAGAGCCCGAGGAGGAGGAGGUUGGCCUUGAAAUAAAGCAAGAAAAAAAUGAUGAGAGAGGAGAGGAGAGGAGGAGGAGGAGGAGGAGGAGGAGAGUGAGAGGAGGAGGGAGAGAGAUGAAGAGGGCGCUUGUUUCAGUUUGCAGCGAUCGCUCAUCCAGGAGCCUGUUCCACUCAGGGAUAUUUGGAUUUCUCAGUCUGGAUGCUGUAGCUCAGGGGUCGGGCUCUCUCUGACUUCCUCGUGUGUUUGCGUGGCGGCCGUGUGCGUGUGUGUGUGUGUGUGUGAGGACGCUGCGUGUCUGGCAUGCAGACAUGGGCCCCUCGCUGCGCUCUAGGAUUACUUUCUGCCUGGCCAUCACCUUGGCUCAGGUGAUCGCUGUGACCUGCCAAGAAGAUACCAAGAAAGAUACGUGCUCAGAAAAUGGGAAGGUCUACGCUAACAAUGACAUGUGGAACCCGGAGCCAUGUCGGAUCUGUGUGUGUGAUAAGGGGACCGCUGUGUGUGAGGACGUGGUCUGCGAGGACCUCGGUGACUGCCGGAAAACUGUGACCCCUGAUGGCGAGUGCUGCCCCGUGUGCUUGACUCCAGCUUCAACAUCAGCUCCCAGCGCCGACCCCACAGCAGCCGCAGACGAGAAUACGAAGGAAAGCUGCACAGUCGACGGGGAGGUCUACGGUCACAACGACAUCUGGAAACCAGAGCCUUGUCGCGUCUGUGUCUGUGACAACGGUGUCACCAUCUGCGAUGAGGUGCAGUGCGAAAUUCUGUCAAACUGCGAGAAGGUCGUCACACCUGAGGGAGAGUGCUGCCCUGUGUGUGACAACUUCGCCAGCGCCAGCAGGAUGAUCGAAAUGAUGGGCUUCAAGGGACAGAAAGGUGAACCAGGUGAUAUCCCAUAUGUUGUGGGGCUCCCUGGACCUCGAGGACCCUCGGGUCCCCCAGGAGCUCAGGGUAACACUGGACCUAGAGGCUUUAAAGGCAGGAAGGGAUUCCCAGGGCCUGCAGGAUUUGACGGAGAGCCCGGUGUGCCAGGAAAUCCAGGAGAGGCAGGAGCCCCAGGCCAUGGAUCUGCCCCAGGGGGAAACCUAGUGUCACAGAUGGCCUCAGGCUUCAGUGAGAAGUCCGGUUGGGCUGGGAUGGUGUCAGGAUCAAGGGGUGAAGCAGGACCACGAGGACCUCCAGGAUCACCUGGAUCACCAGGUCCAAGCGGUGGUCAGGGAAUUCCAGGAGAGACUGGAGAUCAAGGACUGAUGGGUGAGCCGGGUCAUCGGGGACCAGAUGGGCCACCAGGAAAAGCUGGACCUGAUGGAGAAGCUGGAUCUGCAGGUGCUACAGGAGAGCCAGGAUUUCCAGGAUCUGGGGGUUCAAGAGGAUUCCCCGGACUCCCAGGUCUUCCAGGAAUGAAAGGUCAAAAGGGACAUUCUGGUCUUCUCGGGUCGAGAGGAGAGUCUGGAGCCCUUGGAAAUAAGGGUUCAUCUGGUACUCCUGGUGCUAUGGGUGCUCCCGGUCCACUGGGACCAACGGGCAUGCAGGGAGAAAGAGGCAGAGCCGGCCCAACUGGGCCUGUGGGAAAACGUGGAACACCCGGCCAUGUCGGCAAACCAGGUCCUCUGGGUCCACUGGGAAUCACCGGUGUGCCAGGAUUUCCAGGCGGCCCAGGAAUGAAGGGUGAAGCCGGACCCACAGGGGUGAGAGGAAGCCCAGGACAGCAGGGAUCCAGGGGGGAUGCCGGACACGUAGGACCACCUGGACCUAUGGGACAGCAGGGUGCAGCAGGAACUGAUGGAACUCCAGGUGCCCGUGGACAGGCAGGUCUGGCAGGUGUUCAGGGUCCAGCAGGUUUGCUGGGACCCCCUGGUCCCCCUGGUCCCCAGGGAACAACAGGAGUACCCGGACCAAAGGGCCAGUUGGGCGAGGUUGGAGUGCCUGGAUUCAAAGGAGAAGCUGGACAUAAGGGAGAAAGAGGUGACCAUGGUGCUCAGGGUCCAUUAGGCCCGAUGGGAGAGGAUGGGAAGCGUGGACCACGAGGUGAUGCCGGAUCCAUUGGGCCUCCAGGACCUACAGGAGAGACAGGAGCUCCAGGAAAUCGAGGUUUCCCUGGUGCAGACGGUUUACCAGGCCAGAAGGGAGCCCAGGGUGAAAGAGGAGGGCCAGGGUCAACUGGCACCAAAGGUUUACCUGGAGAUCUGGGACGCAGUGGAGAGCCAGGUUUAACAGGAGCUCGGGGUCUGACUGGACUUAUCGGUGCUCAGGGAGCAGAGGGAAAACAAGGACCAAUGGGCUCAGCAGGAGAAGAUGGCAAACCAGGCCCAGCUGGUUCUACUGGAAACAGAGGCCCAGCUGGACAGAUGGGCCUGCCAGGACCAAAAGGCUUUGCUGGUGAUGCUGGAAAGAUUGGAGAGGCUGGAAGUUCUGGACCUCCAGGUCAAAGGGGACUGCAUGGAAAGGACGGAGAGGAGGGCGCUGCUGGACCAGCUGGCCCAGCUGGUCUUGCAGGAAAAAGAGGAGAGCAGGGACCACAAGGACUGCAUGGUUUCCAGGGUUUGCCUGGACUGCCAGGUCCACCCGGAGAGUCAGGAAAACCAGGUGAUGAGGGUCUUGCUGGAGAGGCUGGGGCUGGCGGAGCUAUUGGUCCAAGGGGAGAAAGGGGCCCCCCAGGAGAAAGAGGUGAAAUUGGACCUAACGGGCUGCAGGGACCCAAAGGUAGUCCAGGUGGACCAGGACCAGACGGACCAAAGGGUAACGCUGGUCCAGCGGGUGCUCUUGGAGAGCCAGGUGGUCCGGGACUUCAGGGGAUGCCAGGGGAGAGGGGCAUACCAGGACCUUCAGGCCCAAAGGGAGAUGCAGGCUCUGUUGGAGAUAAAGGACUCGAGGGUAAAGCAGGAGCUGAUGGUGCACGGGGACUUCCUGGUCCUGUUGGACCUGUUGGUUCCAGUGGACCCAAUGGAGAGAAGGGUGAACCCGGCCCAUCAGGACCUGCAGGACGCCGAGGCUCAAGAGGAAUCGCUGGUUCUAGUGGUGAGAAUGGUCCAACUGGUGCUGUUGGCUUCCCUGGACCUCCUGGUCCUGAUGGUCAGCCUGGAGUCAAAGGUGAAACAGGUGAGCCAGGCCAGAAGGGAGAGGCUGGACCACAUGGACCACAUGGCACAGCUGGCAAACAAGGAGGACAGGGACCUGUUGGUGUAACUGGACUGAAAGGAGGCAGAGGAACCAAGGGUCCAACAGGCUCUCCUGGUUUCCCUGGGUUGCCUGGAGGAGUUGGACCAGCCGGCUCCCUUGGUGCUGUUGGUGCAGAUGGACCCAUAGGUGCUCCAGGAAAGCGGGGCCCUUCUGGAAUUCGAGGAGAAAAUGGAGCUCCAGGACAUCAAGGAGAGAUUGGACCCUCAGGCCCACCAGGCAGCCCUGGAGAGAAGGGAGACUCUGGCGAGGACGGUCCUCCGGGGCCUGAUGGGCCUCCAGGACCUGUUGGUGCCGCAGGACAGCGAGGUGUCGUAGGUCAGCCUGGACUCAGAGGAGAGAGAGGCAUGCUGGGACUGCCAGGUCCUGCUGGUCCACCAGGAAAACCCGGAACCCCUGGAUCUCAGGGCAGCACAGGGCCCGCUGGUGUAGUUGGAUUACCAGGAGCUACCGGGCCAAGAGGAGAUGCCGGCCCUGAGGGUAUUGCUGGAGCAGAGGGCCCUCCUGGUAAAGACGGACUCAUAGGGGACAGGGGAGACAGAGGAAAUCCUGGUCCAGAAGGUCUGGCUGGUAUUACAGGGUCUGCAGGAACUGAAGGUCCAGUUGGAAUCACCGGCGGUCCAGGACAAAUUGGUGAAAAUGGUGCCAGAGGCCCCGCUGGACCCCCAGGACAAACUGGAAUACGCGGGAAAGUGGGCCCUCAAGGACCACAGGGAGAGAAGGGGGCAACUGGAGAGCAAGGAGAGAGGGGUCAGAAAGGUCACAGAGGUUUCACCGGUCUUCACGGUCUCCCUGGAAUAACUGGGGCCACAGGAGAUGCAGGAGCGAUAGGUAUUGUUGGACCAGCUGGGCAGAGGGGUCCUCCAGGAGUGUUGGGUCCUCCUGGAAAGGAAGGAUACAUCGGCCAGCCUGGACCAAUGGGCGCUCCCGGAACCAGAGGGACCAGUGGAGAUGUCGGAGCACAGGGUCCACCUGGUGAACCCGGACCCCCCGGCCCUCCAGGCCCCCCAGGACCUCCCACCGCAGCAGCUGUGGAAGACCUCUUCGCCGCCCCGGCUGAUUACGAUGGGAAUGGCGACGUGCCAGAAGCUGUGGAAUUUGUAGAGGAUGAUAUGUCGGCUGAUCUUCCUCUUCUUCCGGAGUUCAACAAAGACGAAGCCCUUCCCAAUAAGAAGUUGGCCAUCCUGCGUGCAGACACUGGCAUCCAAGCCACACUGAAGACCCUCAACGGACAUCUGCAAAACCUCCGUAAUCCUGAUGGCAGCAGGAUAAACCCUUCAAAAACCUGCCAGGACAUCAAACAGUGCUACCCCCAGAAAAAGAGCGGUGAGUACUGGCUCGACCCAAAUCAAGGAAGCAUCCGAGACGCCAUCAGGGUCUACUGUGAUAUGGAAAGCGGUGAAACCUGCAUCUCCGCCAAUCCGGCAAACAUUCCCCGCAAAGCCUGGUGGACGAAAUCCAGUCCCAGUGCCAACAUACCUGUCUGGUUCGGAGCCAACAUAAAUGGUGGAACUCAAUUCACCUAUGGAAAUAAGGAGGAGCAGCCUAAUGCAGUGGCUGUUCAAGUGAAGCUGCUGCAGGUUUUGUCCAAACAGUCGCACCAGACCAUCACCUACCACUGCAGGAACAGUGUGGCUUAUAAAGACGGGACGAGCGGCAACCCGAAGAAAGCUCUGGUCCUCAGAGGCUCCGACGGCCAGGAGCUGAGGGCGCAGGGCAACAGCCGCCUCCGAUACACCGUCAUUGAGGACGGCUGCUCGCAAUCAAAUGGAGAGUGGGGCAAGACGGUGAUCGAGUACAGGACUCAAACUUCGGCCAGGUUGCCCAUCAUGGACGUGGCCCCUAUGGACAUUGGAAAGCCUGACCAGGAAUUCGGCCUGGACAUCGGCCCCGUGUGCUUCUCAUAAAACACAAAUCCCCAAUGUAAGAUGGACUCAAAUAGGCCUUUGUAGAGGAGUAACACCAUCACCAGAAAUUAUAGCAUAUGGACUCCUCUCUCUGUGAGCAUACACGUCGAUAAAGGUUCUUCACACAUGGCUGCAUUUCCCAGAAGCUGUUGAAGUACAGCGUACUUACCGUGUCUGCCAGCGGACGAGAGCUGUGUGACUGGUGGGACGCUGACAUAAUUUAUUUACCAUGUCAAUAGAUUUACACUCUAACGUAAAGUACUCUACAGGGAAAUGCAUGUGGGUGGAUAAAAGUAACGUCUAAGGUGCUAAAUAAAAAGGAAGGAAAGGUGGGUUUAGACAGACUGUAAACUUGCAUAAACUGGAAAAACAGCCAGUAAUCGUAAAAGAUGCAAUGUCUUUGUGGGGAGCUUAGAGGAGAUUACCUAAGAAUUGAAGUUUAUUGCAAAUAAAAGCAUCCAAACCUUUUCAUUUUUUACUAGUGAUGGCUUUUUUCCAGUAAAUAGGGCAAGUGUCUAUAUGGCAACGACUGUAGUUCUUAAUUUUAAUGGAAUAAAAAAUCAAAAUAAUGCUUGAACCUAAAUUAUUAAGUUCUGUGCAGGAACUCAUUUACUCUUUCAACAGGAAACCUUUUUAUUCUCCUUUUAAAACUUCAACUGUAAAUGCAACAUAUGACUGUAAAUUGCAAAGUAUUUGUUUAUUGUUGACUGUGGAUGUGGAAUAGAUGUCUCUCUUUGGAAUGACUGUGCUCUUCCCACAAACUGAAGUAAGAAAAAUUGAAUAAACGCUCGGUUCCCCCUCAUGAGCGGCAAAACUUUUUUGCUUUGAAAGUGAAUUUAAAUGAGCUCAUCUCGCCACUAGAGGGAGACAGCACUUUUCCUACCAGGCAUCAAAAUCACAGUGAACUGCUUUUACCUGAUAUCUCGGGUGUAAGGAGUGAAAUGAAAAACCAGGAGAGCUCUGGGGUUUGAAAACAAAUAAAACAGUGCUUUAUGCUAAAUGGACA